CAACAGUCUGAUGUGGGCAGGAAGUGAUUCGCGCCUCUGGGUCCACGCCGGAGCCGUCAGUGAAGCCGCCUGAUAGGUCGCCCUGUGUGCGUUGAAGAGCGGGAGGUAGAAACAUCUGUCUUCACUUCCAGCCAGGCGCCUGAUAUACUGGGAAACAACAUGGAGAACAUGGUCGCUAAAUACGUGUCCCAGAAGAUCAGUAAAACGCGAUGGCGUCCGGUACCGGCCUCCUCUUUGCAGCAGCCGGAUUUGUUUGCGGCGGGCUCGUGGGAUAACGAGGAGAACAAGGUAUCCAUAUGGUCUACAGGAGACUUUGGCACAAUCAGUGUGGAGGAAGAUUACCUAGCUGACCUUAAAUUGUUGUGUGAUAUCCAACAUAAAGGAGAUGUGAUGGACCUGCAGUUUUUAGAUCAAGAGAGAAUUGUAACUGCAUCUUCAACUGGAAGAGUGACUAUCUUCCGUCACCAUCAAGGCAAUCAGACUUUGUCAGAAAAGCAGAAAUGGGAGUAUGCUCAUAGCCAUUUUGGUUCUGAAGGCGCAGGAGCUCCCUGCACUGGUAUCGUGUGCAACAAUCCCGAAAUAGUGUCUGUUGGCGAAGAUGGCCGUAUAAAUCUUUUCAGAGCUGACAGCAAAGAAACAGUGAGGAGAAUUGAUGAUGCAGAUAGUAGUACCAUCCAUGCUGUAAUUUUUCUUCGUACUACUGAAAUCUUAACAGUUAAUUCCAUUGGUCAGUUGAAGAUGUGGGACUUGAGGCAACAAGGAAAUGACCCUACUCAUAUAUUUUCUAUAGCCAAUGAACGUGUGCCAUUACACUGCUUAGACAGACAUCCAAGUCAGCAGCAUGUUGUAGCUACAGGUGGUCAGGAUGGUAUGCUUUGUAUCUGGGAUGUUAGACAGAGCCGGACACCAAUAUCUCUCCUCAAAGCUCAUGAUGCAGAGAUGUGGGAGGUCCAUUUUCACCCAUCAAAACCAGAUAAUUUAUUCACGUGUUCUGAGGAUGGAUCUUUGUGGCACUGGGAUGCUUCAACUGAAGUUAUGGACAGGCCUUCAUUUCUACUGGGAGGAAGAGGAAAUGUAAACCAGAGCACUCUGAGGCAGUCUUUCAACCAGUCAUUGAUGACCGCAUGGCUGAACAGUGAUCCCACAAAAGGACAGCUGGAAAUUACCAACCUUUUACCCAAUCCCACCCUCUCUGUGAACAGCUUGGAUGUUUUAGGAGAAUAUCUGGUCUGUGGAACUGAUGCAGAAUCUCUCUAUGUUCUCAAGCGACCACUUGCCUAAGCUACAAAAAUACUGAACUGACAGAAAAACUAAACCAUUUAUAAGGAAAGCUUGGCCACUGUACAUAGUUGAACAUACUUCAAUGUUAAAAUUCAUAUUACUAUAAUACUUUAUUAUAAUUCUGUGUUACUACUGACUUAUUGUUUAAAAAAAAAAAAAUCUGA